UCCCGGAUGGAGCGUGCAUUUCCUACCCCGCCGCCCUAGCGCGGCCAGGCACAGCGGACACCAGGACUCCAAGAUGGCGUCAGUCGUACCAGUGAAGGACAAGAAACUUCUAGAGGUCAAACUGGGGGAGCUGCCAAGCUGGAUCUUGAUGCGGGACUUCAGCCCUAGUGGCAUUCUCGGAGCAUUUCAAAGAGGUUACUACCGGUACUACAACAAGUACAUUAACGUGAGGAAAGGGAGCAUCUCGGGGAUUACCAUGGUGCUGGCAUGCUAUGUGCUCUUCAACUACUGCAUUUCCUACAAGCAUCUCAAGCACGAGCGGCUCCGCAAAUACCACUGAAGAGGACAUGCUCUGCACCACCCCCCGACCCCAGGACCUUGGCCUGAGCCCCUCCGUGAGGAACACAAUCUCGAUCGUUGCUGAAUCCUUUCAUGUCCUAAUGGGAAUUAACCUCCAAAUAAAAGAUGACUGGUACGUGU